CUUCAUCCAGGGACAUCAGGAUCGGGAUCCGGGACAGCAGGAAGUGGCUCUCCACCUGGUCCUCCCGCGCAUCCUUAAGGCUAAUAAAUAUGGAUACUGCAGUACUGAGAACCCUUUCAAAUCGAACGCGCAAUUAUGAAUCGAAGAGACACGACACAAAUCGCCAAUUUUUGCGACAUUUCAAAUCGAAACAUGAUCUGACGUUUCCAGGAAAGAGUCUUACUCUUAUUUCCAACAGAUGUUGCCAGGAAAGAGUCUGAGUAGAUGUGCAUGCAAGUCUACUUACUCUUAGUACUAGAUGUGCAUAAUGCAACUCACUCUCACAUCGUUUUACAACUCUUAGUAGAUGCGCAUGCAACUCACAUACAACAUUUGUCCAGCACCCUACUAAUGUCCGAAUCGUAGCCGUUUCGGCCGAGCUCUGUCCACAGCCUCUUUCUCGCGAUCGCCGUCCAGAGGUCAUAUUCUGGAGGAGGAUGACCACGGACGCAGCGGCAGCUUCCUUGGGACAGGAGGACCCAGCGCAGGUGGAGGAGACCGGAGCGGUGCUGUAAGCUUCAAUUAUGCUAAUAAAGAUUAACUAAUCCACUAUCAUCUAGAAAAACUGCAUUAUGCUGAUGAAAGGUGGAAGCUUUGGGCGAGAGUCUAGCAGGUGCCGAGUCCUUUUUGCGUUUUUGGUGCACAAAGAGUUGAAAAAUAUGAUUUGCUUAAGAAUAAGAUCUUUUCACACAAUGAAGAAAUGCACGUGAUUGAAGUAGUAAAUUCGAAGACGAAAAGGAGCAAGAACAAGUAAGAGUAAGUAUGUAGUAAUGUUUAUCAGGAGAGGAAGCACAAUAUAUCGUAGUGAGUAGUUGUUUUUAAUCGGAGAUGGUGAUGAAGCCUAGCAUAUGUAGUCGAUUAUCUUUCUUAUCAUCGAUCAUUAUUUAUAUCAUAUUUCUAACAUGGUCGCGGGGGUCCUCGAGGGAGGACGAUAAGCAGGGCACAAACAGCGGCUUUCGGCGGUGAUGGCGCCGCCCGUUCGGGCUCGUUCCUUCAGUUGCCAGACGGGCCGGGCAGUGGCGCAAGUUCGAGGUUGGGCCCUUUGUUAAGGCUAGCUUAUCGUAUCCCAUUCCCAGGUCAGCGGCUGAGUGAGUGGGGUCUACCUUCUUGAUCAGGGACUAACUUGGACUACUGCUAAACCUUCAUUUUAAAGGGCAAACACAAACUAUAAUACUAAAAGGGACAUCAACUACGACACAGGGCAUCUCUCCUCACUUAACAACCUUCACUCAACCCCGUAGAUAAGGAAAAACUUAACUAGCUUUAACCUUGGGAGCACCUGGGGGAUCAGGCGGUAGUUUUUCGGGACCGGCAGGAGGGCGAGAUCAUGUGUCUGGAGCAGGUGGCUUGUUAGCUUUACCAGGAGCCGCGUCGUCAGGAGGGCCAUCUCUAUGAUCGAAGAUUUGUUCGUUAAUAAACUUGCAGUACUUAGUUCAAGAAGCUUUAUUUAAUAUCAUUAACUUUAUGGACAACUAUCUAGGACAACUCAAACUCAUACAUUAUAUAUAAUUUAAGUAUGUACUUACAACUUGUUACUUACAGCAUGGCCUUGUUGUUUUGAGUCAGUUGAAGUAUCGUCAUGACCUCUACCUCAAGAUGUGUCCGAUAAGUACUCGACAACUAUUAAUUGAAAGCACCUACAAUCUAAACAAUUUCAUCAUCCUUCUUUGUUCUAUUAAUUGACAAGUGACUUUCACUACUACUACAACUUACUUACUCAUGAAUGGGUACACUACUACUACUACUACUACUACUACUACUACUACUACUACUACUACUACAGCAUGGCCUUGUCUUGAGGCAGUUGAAGUAUCGUCACUUUUCAUUUUCAAGUGGCGGAGAGGAUAAUAGCAGGCGGAAGUCAUUUUUGGCCCCGAUGAGUGGCGGACUGCCAGGAUUGGAAGGGCAUGGGCAACUAGAGGCUCUGUUACUGCAAACUGGCCACGGACACCUUCUGCAGCAGGCAGCCGGCAGCGGCGGCGGUGGUGACGGUAUGGCAGGAGGGCCACGAGUGUCCUACUUUCCGACCCUGGGAAACAACACGCAUCAUGCUGGAUCUGUUAUGACGACUGAGACUGACUUAAACUUACCACGCCAUCUUCUCUCCUCCUCGUUUUCUCUUUUUCGCACAAAAUAACAUUAAGAUCUUCAAGCACUACCUGCUGGGAGUACUAAUCUUCAAACCGUACAUCUUGAAACUACCUACACCGCCCCCCAUUCAUCAAUUGUAAUACAUAGAAUAGUGAAAAUAGUCUCCUGCUGCAGCUCAUAUAUCUGCAUCACUUUCUCCUUCUCCCCAUUCAAUCCUGGUCCUGCGCGAGAUGGGGAGCGGGAUUCGGACGUCUCCAAUUCUCAGACCAUGCCAGGCGUCGAUACUGGUCAAAACGGAGAUCAAAUGGUUGCCCUUGAUGAUAGUUAAGGCUAGUUUAUCACUAUCGGGUAGUAUGGGAGUUGUAUGCUGAGCGGAGUGAGCAGUCCGCCUUAAUUUCAUCAAGGGGGGUAAAAAACGAAGGGGCGGAACGCAGAGCAUCUCACUCAACCAAGGUGGAUAGUGAAAAACUAGCGGUAAGACAGUGCGAUGGAUGUCGUCGUGGCGUCCUCAAAAUGGACGAAAUACAAGCUUUACCUCUGGCUUUUCCUCGAAGAACCUUUCGUGUCGCCAGCAGCAAGCUUCGUAUUCAAAUACUAGGACAUCACCAUCCUUGAUCUUGAUUGUUUCACACGCCAUAUUUCAUGAUCACCACGACAACAUUUAGCUUAUGCUUACCUCGUCUAGCCUAAGUUCCUUCUCCAUUUCUCCCACAGUUGUCGCUUAUGGUUGUAACGUUGAUAGCGAUUUCACUGGGAAUGGCGGCGACAGAACAGAGCUACACCUAUUUCUCAUAUGCGGAAAACAACUUGUACCCGAAAUACGCUGUAUUUGACGACGACGACGAUUCUAGUGGAAGCGUUUCAUCUAGUGGAUCAUCGUAUGAAAGGAAACGGUAACGUAUGAAAGUACUUAAAUGCGAUUUUUAUUCAACUCAGUGACUAAAGAAAAGGAAAACACACAAGGACAAAGCUUAACUUUCCUGAGUCUGCUAAAGUCCACUAAGUUACCUCAAGUAGAUCAAAACAGUUAUUGCUGUCUUCGAUCUGGAAGAAGCGAGAUCUAGUGGUAGACAUCAGCUCACAUCUUCGCUGCAAUUUUAUAUAUACGUCGUUGUUGACCUUGACGCUCAAGUUGAAUGGUUCCGGUAUUUGGUAACCUGAAUUUGAUCAUAAGGGAAAACAAGAAGAGAACCCUUCGGAUCAAACUCAGGUUACCAAAUACCAGAACCACACACAAGUUAAAAUGUUGAUUUUCCAAUCAUCUGCUACUAGUAAAAGCCUUGUUCCCCCGCAGAUUUCAAAUACUAGUUAUGGGUGUACUAGGGAAUUCAUCCCCCAAAUCAUCAAGAAAAGAAGAAGAAAAAGCGAGCCAGAUGAUUCCUGAGAUGAACUUCCUAUAACUCUUCUAGACUUGAAUAGUUGACUAACCUCUAGACUUUGAAAACGCACUAACUAAAACGUCUUCAUCUAACACGUUUCAUCACACUCGCGUCGAAGCGGAACAGGCAGAGAUGGGUCGUUGGGGACGCUUGGAUUGCGAUUUUCCGUAGUGGUUUUUUUCACCUUGGAGGGUCUCCUGCGUUUCGUCAUUGCACCCCGUCGAUCGCAAUUCUUCACGCAACCGAACAAUGUGGCGGAUAUUUUAGCUGUGCUGCCGUUCUGGUGUAACAACGUCUUUCAUUACGAUGUUUUUACCGCAAGAAGAGCAAAGAUGUAGUUUAUUUUACUUAGUGCUUCUUCUAGUUCGCUGCUACUUACUUAUACUUACAACUACAACAACGUUCUUGUCAUUCAAAAUUAGUUUCGUGUUAGAAAGAUAUUCACUUUGUCAUCGUGGUCACUUCAUUCACGUAUAGUACAACUAGAGUGUUGAGGGUUUGGUUUUCGAAACAAACUAGUUCAAGGUCGACGACUUCGCUAAUCCAAAUUCUCUAAUCCAAACUCCACAAACGCGUGUCCGUGUACUUCAAUGUGCUGAGCAUCUUUUCCUCGUUUUUUUGGGUGCUGAAGUUGACGCGCUAUUUCAAUGGUUGGUUCCUACUGUCCCGAGCGUUGCGGGACGCAGCGCGCGCGCUCCUAGUCCCCGUCUUUUUCCUCAUGAUCGUAGUGAUCUCGGGUUCGAGUCUCUUGCUCCUCUUCGAAAAAGGUCAUGCGGGUGGACCAAGCGGACCCGUACUGUCCUAAUCUAUAACUACUUAUAACUACUAAAACAUUUUUGACAAGUAGGAAUGACAUUUUUUCCACCUCUAAAGGAACAAUCUUCUAGUCAACACUCGUACAUCAAGGGGAACAACUUAUAACUACUAAAACAUUUUUGAGAAGGAGAAGGAAAAAAAUCUUCAGCUUCAACUUCAUCAAGUAGGAAUGAUAUUUUUUAAACAAAAUCGUGUCACGACACCUUCAAGUUCAACUUUUUUCUAGAACGAAAUAGAACUAGUCUAGAUGAACGAUUUGUCCACCGUCUUUCUUAAUCUUCUUUUUCACACCACGGUUGAAUCUUCAUCAGGCUUGCCGUGCCUUGGAUCUCCUGACUGAAGCCACAGAGUUAAAUCUUCCGAACAUUAGCGACUUUGAGACUCAGCAUGUUGCCUGCGACACGGAUGCUUUUACCGCUGUAAAAUGCGUCAAUUGCGUUACUAUCACUACGCUCUUCGAAGCCAUCCACUACAUUAUGAGUCUUUUGUCUUCCCACCCAGGGUCGCAGAACAAGUCGUGUUGGAAUUAUACGUAGUAUGUAGUGUGUUGUACUUGUAGAAUCACGAAGAGGACAAGCAAUGCUUCAUGGGACUGUGGCUUGUAUGUGUAGUUGACCUGGGCCUCCAGCGACAUUUAGAGGCUCUCUUUAAAAACUUACCUCAUCUUCUUCGCUGAAGUAUCAUCGCGUUUCGACGCCGUCCUCUAAUUCCCUUAUCGUAUGCGUGGUUUCGAUUCAGAUUACUGAGGUCUAUGGAAAGGACGUUGCGAGCGAUCCGGGAAGGGUUUGGUCCGUGAUCAUGAUGUUUCUCGGUGUCAUUUUUCUCUCCAUGCCCAUUGCGAUUGUGGGCACCAGCUUCAGCCAGACCUGGUUUGAGCAGGAUAUCAUCAUUCUAGUGGAGAAAGUGCGCUCCCGCAUGCGCCAACAGGGAUAUACCACGGAUGACUUGAGGGAGGUAUUUAACGAGCUCGACGAAGACGGAUCUGGGAGCAUAGAGUUUCAUGAAUUCAAACGCAUGCUCGAAGCCUUUCAUUUUUUCGGCUCGCUUGCCACGUGCCGCAAGCUCUUCAAUCAUUUCGACUGCAAUGGGACUGGGAGUUAAGAAGAAGUGGAAGAUCGAGAAGUAACUCAGGAUUUUGAUUUUUAUUGAAAAUAGGUGUUAGAUCAUUUAGAUUUCGCUUUGCUGCUGCUGCAUUUACAGUGUAGUUGCAGUUGCAAUCGUAGCGGAGGUUUUUUGUCAUAAGCGAAUUGAGUAAUGGAAACACUUUUUUUGGCCUGAGUCGAUACCACCUCAUUCGUAGUGGAGCGUAGUCCAGUGCUUUCUCGCGGUUUUGCUCUAACGCAGCAUUUCGUACCAGGAGUUUGUUUGUGGAAUUUUUCCGGAGAUCAUCGACGUGGACGACCUUGGUGACGAGGACGAGUACAACUACCACAACAAUGCCUUGAUGGGCGGUGAACAAGAGGGCUCGGAGGAGGAAGGAACGGAGGGAUCAUCUAGUGACCACGCCGAUACUAGUAGCUCCUCCUCCGAAGUAGAGCAUCUGAGAACAAUGGAUAGUACAACUAGUUCUGCUCCCAGUGGGCCAGGGCCGUUAGGUAUGAUCUAGAGGUAUCUAAUGUCCAGCUCCUCUGUCUUACUCCAGGAGCAACGUCCUGCUUUGCCUUUGCGUCUUUAUUUCAAGUACCUCUUAAGUAGAAUAAAAGAAGUGAGGGUGGAUGAUAUAAGUAUCUACUAGAGUGCAAAUAACAUGUUAAGUAUCUAAAAUGGCGCUGAAUUAACCUCUAUCUAAGACGAGCACUAGCGCUGUCCAGAAGACGCUAUCGCAAGAAUCAUCCAGUGCUGUUGGAAGUCUUUUAGG